AAAGAAAAGUUAUUAACAGUGAAGAAGAGGGCGGAGGCCUGCCGGAAAUGUAAUGAACGCAGCUAUUUGCGCUAAUGUUACGGUGUACUCUCCAGAGAUGAGGUUGGGAGGAGCGCCUCUGUGUUUGGGACAUGAUUGAAAAUGCAGCUCAAAACUGAAACGACUCAAUGAAGUAUAAUGCCAGGAUACUGUGACACUGUCAUACUCGUUGACAAUAGUUUACAGACAUGCCGUGGUGCCUAAACACCAAGCGGAAAUAUCGUUUCUAACAAUAAAAUCCAGGCGUCUUCACACAGCCAGAGUGAAAGCCAAACUUUGUAUAAUAUACUUUAAAUCAGUGAGUGCUUUCCUCUUGUAGACACAGACAUCAAAACGAGCUGAUUUCCUCUAGAUCAUGGUAGAUAAUCGGUAUGCCACAGCUCUGGUCAUCGGCUCGGUGCUGAGUCUUCUGGCCACAGUGUACCUGUCUGUGGCUGUGGGGACUCAGCAGUGGUACCAGUACAACAGUCCGCCGGCAAAACAUGAGGGCAGCAACGCCUCCGAGCUCAGAGAGGAGUUCGUCAAUGGAGAGUUUGAUGAGAAGACCUACAGUGACACCAUGUUCCGUCUGAACGGCACUCUGGGACUGUGGUGGAGGUGCAUCCUGGUGCCCAGCCAGUCCCACUGGUUUAAAGAGCCAGAUCCCAAGAUGGAGACCCAGUGUGUGAGCUUCACUCUUCCGCAGCAAUUUAUUCCAAAGUUAAAAAACCCUGGAAACCACAACACUGAGGAAGAUCUGCUGAGAACAUAUCUCUGGAGAUGUCAGUUUCUCCUGCCUCUGGUGUCUCUGGCCUUGGUUUUCCUCAGCGGCCUCGUCGGGGUCUGCGCCUGCCUGUGCCGCAGCUUCACCCCCACCUUGGGUGUGGGGGUGCUCCAUCUUCUAGCAGGUCUGUGCUCUUUGGGCACUGUCUGCUGUUUCUUGGCGGGGGUGGAUUUGCUCCACCAGUACUCCACACCACCAGAAGGGGUGGAGGGCUCGCUGGGCUGGUCCCUCUACCUCGCCCUCAUCUCCUUCCCUCUGCAGAUGAUGGCAGCUGCUUUGUUCCUGUGGGCGGCUAGGAGUCACCGCAAGAACUACACCCGCAUGACUGCUUACAGGGUAGCAUAAAAGAGAAAGAGACUACAGACUGUGCGUACCUUAACACAGCCUACAGGUCUGAGGACUUCAUUACACAUCUUUUGUCUUAUGAAAGGAGGUGAAAUGGAUGAAGUGACUGUAACUUCUCCUCUGUAACAAUACUUUCAAUCGAAAAAAGCAAUUACAUGGUAUCACAAACCUAAAGGCAGGAAUAAACUAAACCGGAUUGCAGCUAUUCAUCAUAAGUGCUCAUAAAUAGGUUUGAUAUCUUUCAGUUGUGUUAUCUCACCUUUUGUUUUUUUAGCAUCUCCAACCUGUAUCUUACCCAAAGCAUGUUCUUAAUGUAUUUUAACACCCAGGUGUUUGGGAUCAUUUGUUAUUUCAGGUUUACCUCUGUUUCUGUGCAGUACUUAAUUGCCUUCUAUUCGGUUGCCAUUGCUUCUAAAGCUGCUCACCACAUUGCCCUUAAAUCAGUAAUGAACGUGCACUGUCACAAAUAACACACCUGCAGUCAUCUAAGUAAGGAUAUCUUUGCUCCAGUGCAUGAAAAAUAUUACACAAGACUAUAUUUUUUAUUUUUGGAUGUUUUUUGUUCUGUUCUAAUUUUGCCUAAUCUUAAAUAUGGAGCCUUUGCUGUGCAUGCCUUCUAAGAUGACAUUUCCAUCAACUGUGGUAAUUGUUGAUUUCUGUCUGUAGUAUGUGUUGACUAAAUGUCACGAAAUGUCACUCACUAAAAAUGUAACCACUCGUCUUCCAUUGUGACCCUUGUUUAUAGAUGUGAUAUUUAUUGACACGAUUAAUUUGAAUGUUAAAAAGAAGAGUUGAUCUGAUGCCACUCGAGCAAACCUGUGACCUCUUUGUGAUGAAAUUCAAAUUUUUCAGCCCCAAAUUAUAUCACUGCCGUUUUA